AUGGCACCGGUCAAGAAACAGAAAACCCGUGCAAGGCCCGCCGCCGGAAACGGCUCCCUUUCCACAAAGUCACUUUUUGACGACGAUUUUCGGACUAGCAAGAAAGACAAGCGCACCAUCAAACACGCCAGUUUCGUGUCGAAAAUUGAAAAAGGUUCGGCCAAAUCAACCAAGCGGCGCCGAGCGUCCAAAAAACUCGUCGCGAGCCUUGAAUCACUAGCCGAUGCCUUGCCUGACGCCGAGACAGAGCUGAAUGAUCCGAGUCAAGUCAAUAUAAUCAAACAGAAGACGCUUAAACACAAACCAGGCGCGCUAAAGCGCAAGGAAAAGUUGGAGAAAUCAGAGCGUGAUCGUUUCGCGAAGAAUAUGGCACAAAUGUCGAAUAUUCCUGCAGCGACUCAGCCGAAUUCCGAGCCCGACGCUGGGAACUCAGUAUCAAAUCGCUGGGCGGCGCUCCGUGGCUUCAUAUCGCAGACUAUGGAACAACAGCCCGCUUUCAAGACAAACAAGUGA